AUGGGCAAUAUUUCAUCAAUGGCGCGGGCCUCGACUGCGCUCGAUUCCUAUGUCUCGGAACUAGGUAGUGACAUCUCGUACGAGAAGAGCCUGUCGUCGUCGCGCUUCCUCAAAUCGAUUGUCGCCCGGCAUAAGAAUGGCCCGCUCGUGCUCAAGAUCUUUAUCAAACCAGACCCGUCAAUGACGCUGCACGUAAUCCAGCAUCGCCUGAAAGAGGAACGUGAUGCGCUGUCUAGUGUGCCCAACGUGUCAACGUACGCGACCUUCAUCGAGACAGAGAAGGCUGGUUAUCUCCUCCGGCAGUGGGUCGGGUCGAGCCUCUAUGACCGCCUGAGUACACAACCGUAUCUCACCGACAUAGAGAAGAAGUGGGUGGCUUUCCAGUUGCUUACAUGCCUGCGCGACGCCCGCACCAAGAAGGUUGCCCACGGCGACAUCAAGUCGGACAAUGUCCUCAUCACCUCAGACCUCACAGUCCUCCUCACCGACUUCUCCUCAAGCUUCAAGCCGACGCAUCUUCCUCUCGACGACCCGUCCGACUUCUCCUUCUUCUUCGACACAUCCGCCCGACGGACAUGUUACAUCGCCCCUGAACGGUUCUAUGAGUCUGAUUCGGCGAUCGCACAGGAGCGCGCGGCUGCAGCUCAGAGUCUGAAGGAAUCUGGUGACUCAGAGCCACUGGGGAAGCGUGACGCGCACGUUACUGAAGAAAUGGACGUCUUCUCGGCGGGUUGCGUACUCGCUGAGACAUGGACAGACGGGCGCACCGUGUUCAACCUGUCCGAGCUGUUCGCCUACCGCAACGGUUCGCUCGGGCUCGAGGGCAUCUUGGACAAUCUCCAAGACGCCGAUGUCAAAGCCAUGAUUGCGCAGAUGCUCUCACGCGAACCGUCCGAUCGACCUACAUUCGAUCGCAUCCUCACAACGUACCGCGGCACCAUCUUCCCGGAGUACUUCUACACGUUCUUGACAGAUUACGUGUCUGAGCUCAACGAGCUUCCUCCAUCGCAGGACACCGACUUCUUGCAGCGCUCGUCGACAUUGCCAGGGACCAAGAUUGACAGGAUUCUCGAGCAGUGGGAAUCGAUCCGCGUCCAUCUCGAUGACAAGAGUGCGAACGACAACGGACCAGCAUUACUGUUGCUCAAUAUCGUGACGUCGUCGAUCCGCAACUCGCUGUCUCCAAGCUCACGCCUACAUGGCUUGAAGCUCUUCCUUAAGCUGUCGCCCUAUCUACUCGACGAGGACAAAGUUGAUCGCAUUGUCCCGUUCGUCGCAGAGCUCCUGUCAGACGAGGUUCCCAUCGUUAGAGCCGAGGCAUGCCGCACGCUCGUCAUCGUCGUCGAGUCCAUCACAUCCAUCACCUCCCACAAUGCCACAUUCAUUCCAGAGUACCUACUUCCUCAGAUGGCUCGGCUCCUGCAGGACCCAGACAUCUUUGUGCGCGCGACGUAUGCGAGGGCUCUCGUGCACGUGGCGGACGCGGCGGUGCGCAUGCUCGAAUUGAGUGAGGCAGCCAAGCCUGCCAAUACUAUGGACACACCACAGAAUCCUGAGUCAAGCUACAACGCCAUGCUCGCUGAGAUUCAAUAUGUCGUUGGGGAACACGCUUCAAUCCUGUUGGUCGACAAGUCCAGCAACGUUAAGCGGAACGUGUUGGCGGACAUCGCGGACCUCUGCUUGUUUUUUGGUCGGCAGCGUUCCAGUGAGACGGUGCUCAGCCACAUCAUGACGUACCUCAAUGACCGCGACUGGCAACUCCGUCUUGCGUUCUUCGACGGGAUUGUGGCUGUCGGCGCCUUCAUCGGGAUCCGGGCCAUCGACGAAUACGUUCUGCCUCUCAUGCUACAAGCACUAGCGGAUCCAGAAGAAGCUGUCGUAGCGCGUGUCGUUCAUUCUCUUACUCUCUUGACAUCACUCGGGCUAUUGCAGCGCAUGCGCCUUUGGGACGUUUUCUCCGCGGUUCACGGGUUCCUGUAUCACCCCAACGUAUGGAUCCGGCAAAGCACAGCUGGCUUUGUGGCAAAGGCCGCGAACCACCUUCCUCCUUAUGACAUCUGGUGCAUUCUUUACCCGACCAUCCGGCCCGCUCUCCGCUCUGACAUCGUCACGCUGGAUGAGGACUCGAUCCUUGGCGCCCUUGUGUCACCUCUUUCUCGUGCUACUCUCCAGGCUGCCAAGGCUGCUGCGUUCCAGAACUCGCCUCCCGGGUUCUGGAAUGUCUCGCCUUCUCGCGCCAGCGCCAAAGCAGCCCUCACCAAGGGCACAGCGAUUAACACAUCUGAGGCGCUUCAAGGUCUGCUGAAGGACAAGGGUAUCUCGCCGAAGGACGAAAAGAAGAUUGUGGUAUUGAGAGACUUCAUUUUCAAGCAGACACAUGCGACUCGAGCGCAAGCCUCAGAAACGCACACACCACCAGAGGCAGAGCUGACCUCUGGCAAGUCAAUAUCCCUCACAGAGCUCGGGGUGACCCCACAAACGGUGUUCAUCUCCCAGCGCACGAUCGGUAUCGACGCGCGCCACGAGCUAAGGCGCCUUCGCCCUGACCUGGGUGGAGCUGAGACCCCGAGCCGGCGGACAUCAUUUGCAAACAGGAGCAAUCGCGGGAGCGACAACCCGUUGGAGCAGAUUCGACAGCGUAUGUCCUCCCUCGAGCCGCCGAGUCUGGCAUCGCCAGACCAGGAACGUGACCGAGGCCGCCAUUUGGACCCAAUGAAGGUAGCCAGUGCGUCCGAAUCGGGUAUCUCCUCCAUCGUCGAUGCCACAAGCACAAGUAGAGUCUCGCGCCAUCACAGGCUCGAUUCAAAAGCGCUGCCGGCCGUCAAAGCUUCGACCGCGACCGCCAUUGGCACGACGUCCCUACACGAUGACUUGGCCUCCGGGCGAAGCACGCCUGCAUUCGGAACAGGAACACCAGCCGUUCACGGACCGAUCGCCCCGUACGGGAGCACGUACGAUGGUGCCGAUCCUGGAGUGCGCGCGUAUCUCGAGCACGUCGACCUCGAGAAUUACCGCGAACCACGCCUCGACUUCGGCCCACGGGUCCUUUCCGGGCAACGCAAGCGUGGGCCCCGAACCAAGGCCUCGUCACCGCAAUUCGCGACCAUGAUCGCCCACCUGCCACAGCACAGCGGCGCGGUGACAGCCCUCAUCACGUCCCCCGACCAACUCUUCUUCGCGUCUGCGUCAGUCGACACGUGUGUCCUUGUAUGGGACAGCGCGCGCCUCGAACGCACAGUCGCAGCACGUCCACGUCUCACGUACCGCAUGGAUGCUGCCGUCACGGCAAUGUGCCGCAUAGAAGAGACGCACUGCCUUGCCGCCGCCGCUGCAGAUGGGUCGCUCCACAUCCUUCGUGUCCACGUUCACGCGUCGGGCUCCUCAGUCAAGUACAAGAGCAUUGAGUGUAUCCGAAAUUGGGCUGCGGAUGAGCAAGACGGACAUGUGACGCACGUCGCGCAUUUGCACGAGUCGUCGUUGUUAGUCGUCACCAGCAAGAGCGUGAUCGCGGUAUUGGAUCUCCGAACGAUGGCGCUUAAGCAGUGUCUGCAGCAUCCCCUCGAACUCGGGACCAUCACGGCCGUAUGUCCGACCAAGCAUUGGGUCAUGGUCGGCACUAUCACCGGCGCGCUGAGCCUUUGGGAUCUUCGUUUCGGACUGCUCGUCAAGAGCUGGUCGUCUCGAGGAGGAAUUACCUCGCUCGGGCUGCACCCGGCGCGGGGGCGUGGGAGGUGGAUAAUGGCUUCCAUCAAACGGAAUGCCGACGACCCAGCGGGGUCCGACACGCCACUGGUCGAGACGUACGAUAUUGAAACGGGCAAACUGGUCGAGGAGUAUGAGACGCGGACAUCCCGUCCGCUGGCUGGCGCCAGGGCACCAGCCCUCAGCCGAGAUGUGUUACAGACCAAGUCCGAGCUUAUCGCGGAACUUGCAGGCGGACGCGGCGGGUUGCCAUCGACUUCGAGUGACGACUUGCCGUACGUGGAGACUCUGCUCGUUGGUGAGACGUUUUCAUCCCUCUCCCCCACCGUCAGGGACAAGGAUGACCCGGCCGCCCAGGACAAGACGCGCGCUGGUUGGAUGGUGACGGCUGGCACGGACCGUGUCAUCAGGUACUGGGACGUUGCACGCCCGAGCGAAGGGUUCGUCGUGUGUGGUAGCCAACGCGAGAAGGACGUGUCAUUCCGAACUGCGAGUGGCACUCCCCAGCUGUUCUACACUCUACCGAUUGCGCGUCCGCUUGCGUCGGCAUCGUCGACAGGCGCUUUACCCAUUGAUCGAGGACAACACGCUGCAAACACUCAACGACAGCCUCUUCGUCCACACUACGACACCAUCUGCGCGCUUGGCCUCGUGGAGACGCCCUUCUCGAGCUGCAUUAUUUCGGCCGACCGGUCUGGCGUGAUCAAGGUAUGGAGGAUGGAAGCAGGUCCAACCCGUCGCGAGGGUUAG